UGCCAGGCGCCCGGCUGCGCGGCGCACGCCUCGGCCGGCCACUCGCUGCGCGCCAGCGUCCUGCGCAACCGCAGCGUACUGCUGCAGUGGCGCCUGGCGCCGGCCGAGGCGCGCCGCGUGCGCGCCUUAGCGCUCAACUGCUCGUGGCGCGGCGCCUACACGCGUUUCCCGUGCGAGCGCGUGCUGCUCGGCGCCUCCUGCCGCGACUACCUGCUGCCAGACGUGCACGACGGCGUGCGCUGCCGCCUGUGCCUGCGGCCGCUGCCCCUGUGCGCCGAGCCCGCCCAGUGUGUGGAGUUCGCUGCCGAGUCCCCGGGGCGGGAGAUCGUGGUGGCCAUGACGGCGGUGGGCGGCUCCAUCUGCGUCAUGCUGGUGGUCAUCUGCCUGCUCAUGGCGUACAUCACCGAGAACCUCAUGCACCAGGCUUUCGGGCGCCCUGGCCUGCGCAGGCAGCCUUGAAGCACUAGGCGGCCGGCCGGGCCCCACCGGGGCUCUGCCUGCCCGAGAUUG